UUCCCUGCCCUCUGCCGUCGUACAAUUUCUCUCGCCCUGGUAUCCUUGUCGCUGCUGUUGUCUAUCUUGCAGAAUUUCUCGACUCUCUGCUACAUACGCUAUCGUGGCUUCAGACAGCUCCCUCACCGCUACUUCGUUGACUUUCCUCUCCCUCGUCUCAGAGAGACCUCACAUACGCACCACAAUUCAGAAUGGCCUCGGUCGAUGAACCCAUUGUUCCUCCCCCUCCGGAAUCGGACGUGGAGGUGCCCGCGCCGGCCACCCCCGUCGACUCCUCCGCCAUCUUCUCUGGCACGGAAGACGCCAAGUCGAGCCCGGAGGCCUCCAAGGAGAACAUUGUCGAGUCCUCGCCGACCAAGAAGAACUCUGCGGUAACCUCUACCAUCAAGCAUCACCCGACGGGGACGACCGCCACUGCCACCACCACCACCGGGAAGCGGCCCACCACCUCGUCCUCGGCCACGGGGAAAACCUCCUCGGCCGUGCGCUCCUCCACCACCAACGGCAGCACCUUGAACAAGCCCCCUACUCGCCCGUCGACAACUACUGCCGCCUCGGUCACUCGCAAGCCGCUGACCAGUACAACGGCCACCCAUCGCUCCCGUGCUUCGGUCAGCAGCUCCGCCGAUGAGAAGCCGCGGUCCAUCGCCAGCUCCGGCGAUGAGAGGAGGGGCAUCUCCGGGUCCGCCAAGCGCAUGUCGCUCGUCGGCAGCACUUCGACUAGGGCGCCUACUCGGCCUACGGUCUCCACGGUCGACCGGAGAGCCAGCAUCGCCAGUAUCACGGGGGAUAAGAAGCCGCUCACCUCCCGCACAACUCCCACCACUGCUACCUCCACCACCACCAGCCGUACGGUGGGUAAGCUGACCAGCGCGACGCACUCGGCUCGCUCUGGCACCCACCCCUCUUCCACCACCACCACUACCUCGUCGAGUGCCACCCGUCCGGCUGUCAGACCCACAGCCUCUGCAACAGCGGAAGCAAGGAGGCGGCUAAGCACCGUUUCUACGUCACAUGUCGCCAAGCACUCGCCCGAAGAUGUCGAGAAGCUGCACGCCCUGCAAAAGCAGCUCUCCGAGAGCGAGGCCACCGUCGCCAGCCUCCAGGCCGAACUCGACGCCGUCAAGGAAAAAAUGGCCCAGUUUGCCCUUUCCGCAGAGGAGGAAUCGUCCAAGGUUGAAACCGCCACCGAGGCUAUCCGUCACGAGCAUGCGGCCAAGAUUGACAAGAUGGCCCUGGAGCAUGCCGAAGAGCUCAAGGCCCUGCAGACCCGUCUGGCCGACGCCGAGGCCAAGUACGCUGCUCUGGAAGAGACCUCCAUCAAGGAACUCGAGGCCGCCAAGGCCUUGGCUCUCGAACAAGGCGACGAGAAGACCGCUGCCGUUCUUGAGGAGCUGAAGGAGUCUCACAAGGCUGAGUUGGAGGCUCUGAAGACUGAACUGGCCGACCAGCAAGCCGCAGCGAGCGAAUACGCCGAGCAGAUCAAGGCGUUGAAGAUUGAACUUGACGCUCAGAAGGCCGGCUUGGACGCCGCCAACGAAGUCCUCGAACAGAAGGCCGCCGCCUUUGACGAGCUCGACCGUGAACUGAAGGGCCGUGAUCAGGUGGUGGAGAACCUCGAAACCGAGAUGAAGAAGUUGGAUGAUUCCAAGCAGGAGGCAAUCCGUGCAGCUGAGGAGUCGGCCAAACAGGCCAUCACCUCUCUAGAGGAGCAAGUGGCUGCGCUGCAGGCCAAGUUGACCCAAGCCGAGUCAGAGAGCCAGGAUAGCACCGACGCGACUAACCAGCGUCUCACCGAGAAGGACGAGGCGAUUGCCAAGCUCCAGCAAGAGGUGGAGGCCGCGCAGACUCAGCUCCAGGAGGUCCGCGACGCCACCGCGCAAGAGCUGUCGGAAAAGACCAAGGAACUAGACCUUGGGCAUGAGGGCAAGAUUGCCGAGCUCAAGGCCGAACACGACUCUGCUCUCGCCAUGCUGACUGCCACCCAUACGCAAGAACUGGCCUCUGCCAAGGAGGCUGCUGACUCGGCGAGCGCUGCCCACUCGGAGAAGGUCCAGGAAUUGCAGGCCGAACUGGAAGCGGCAGCCGCCCUCGCUUCGAAAGAGCUGCAGCAGGCGAUUGCCGAGAUUACGACCAAGCUGACGACGGAUCUCGAUGAUGUGAAGGAGAAACUGGACACCACCGAACGCAGGCUCGCCGAGGUGCUGCAGGCCUCCGAAGAGAGCACCAAGUCUGCGGAGGCCGCCGCGGCCGAGGAGAUCAAUCAGCUCAAGGAGCGCCUGGGAACGUUAGAGUCUGAGCUUUCUUCUGAACGCGACAUUGUCAAGACCUUGCAGAGCGAAGUUGAAGGCAAACAGGGGGAACUGCAGGCGCUGCAGCAGAACCUUGCGACGUUUGAAGCCCAGGCCAAGGCCAAGGAAUCAGACCAUGAGGCUGCAGUCCAGAGUUUGGAGGAGAGAUUAGCGGUCGCGACCCAGACGAUCGAGCAACACAUUCAGGAAGCCACAGCUGCCGCGGAGCAGCACGCGCAGGCCAUCGAGGCUCUGAAGACGGAGCACGCGACUGAGGUUGAAAAGGUUCGAUCUGACGCCACCGGCGCCCAGGAGAGCGCCGUGGGAGAUCUCCAGCGCAGGCACGAUGAGCUGCUUGCCGCCAAGACUGAGCUUGAGGCCAGUCACGCCAAGAAGAUUGAGUCCAUCGAGACGGAGCUGCAGUCGGCACUUGAACGUCAUGCUGCGGAACUCUCGGCCCAGUCAGAGUCGCGCGAGAGCGAGAUUGCCGAGCUGAACAAGAAGUUUGAAAACGCACAGGCUGCUCUGCGAGCCGAGUUGGAGAGUGCCCAUGCCUCGAAGAGCGCCGAGACCGAAGCCGAACACAGCAAGGCCAUCGAGAUGCUGCUCACGACCCAAGAGGAGAAGGUGUCGGCCCUACGGGCGGACCUGGCACAGGCCCACGAGACCAAGUUGGCCGAGCUGCAAGGAUCGCAUGAGGCUGUGCUGGCGGACCUCAACACUCAGCUGUCGCAGGCCAAGGCUACCGCGGAGGACACCUCUGCCCUGGACGAGCUCAAGGCGAAGAUCGUCGAGUUGGAACAGAAGCUGGCUGACGCGGAAUCUGCCGCGGCCGCCGAGGCCCAGCGCACUACAGCUGCGACCGACGCCCUCGUCCAACAGCAUGCCACUGCGCUGUCUCAGGCCGAGGCCCAACGGGCUGACCUUGAGCAGAAGCACAGAGAUGUGACCGUGCAGGUGGAGGAGCUUCAGAAGUCGCUCGCGGCCGCAGAAAGCGCCGCAAGCGCGCAGUCCGAGCAGCUGGCGACGGUUUCGCAGCAGCUGGCGACCGCUCAAGAGGAGGUUUCGCAAGUCCAGGCCAAGCUCGAGACCGUCACCGGCGAGCUUGAGGCCGCCAAGGCCCAGACCCAGGAGAUGGAGGAGAAAUUGGCCAAGGGGGAGCGGGAUCUGAACGAUCAGAUCGACAAGAAUAUGUCGCUGCUCGAGCAGCUCGGCGAAGUGGACGCCUCCAUCUCGGCCAGCCGCAAGCGUGUGCGCGAGCUCGAAGCAGAACUGGGCGCCCUGAACGCAGAGAAGGAGCUCACCAAGGGUACCCCCGUCGGGUUGGAGGGCAGCCGUUGGGCCACCAGGGAAGCGGGUGACGCAGAGGACCAUGCCGUCGGGGGAGACGACGCAGGUCCGGCCGCCACGGAAGAUGGCGAGCAUCCAGGAACAGAUUAAGCAUCUGCGCGCUGCCAACGCGGAUUGGCACGAUGAGCACAGGCGAAUUGUUUCAGAGUUUAGUCAAUUCUCAUGCCGGACAACACCCUUAUCGACACCGUUACUAGGUUCGGAGGACGGACGAUCGGAGCUGGGGUUGUGAUGAGUGGGUAUCGCCAUUCAAUUUUUUCUU